AUGGCCCCAUUUGAAGCCUUAUAUGGUAAGCGUUGUCGCUCUCCAGUUGGUUGGUUUGAGUCUACAGAGCCUCGACCGCGUGGUACAGACUUGCUUCAGGAGUCCUUGGAUCAGGUGAGGGUGAUUCAGGAUAGGCUCAGGACGGCUCAGAGUAGACAUCAGAGUUAUGCGGACCAUAGGCGUCGACCGUUGAGGUUUGUAGUUGGCGACCGGGUAUUCCUCCGUGUGUCGCCCAUGAAGGGCGUGAUGAGAUUUGGGAGGCGGUGCAAGCUUAGCCCCAGAUACAUUGGGACUUUUGAGAUACUCCGGACAGUUAGGGAGAUUGCUUAUAAGUUGGCCCUACCUCCAGCAUUUUUAGCCAUCCACCCAGUUUUCCAUGUCUCGAUGUUGCGACGGUAUGUUCGUGAUGAGUCCCAUGUGCUCCAAUAUGAUGCAGUCGAGUUGGAUGAUCGUUUGACAUUUGUAGAUGAGCCAGUCGCCAUUCUAGCCAAAGAUGUGAGGAGUUUUCGCUCGAGAGCCAUUCCUGUUGUUAAGGUCUGUUGGAGGCAUCGUCCAGUCGAGGAGGCUACCUGGGAGACCAAGCAGGAGAUGCGAGAGUAG